UUAGCAACACACGCGUUUGAUCUUUGACCCUUAGAUUCAGCAGGAGAGUUGAGGUGUGGCUUGAACCCUUCACAUGGCAUUACUCUCCCGAACCGCAUUUAACCAUCUGAAGACUCGAGAUUCAAGAAUAACCUCAGCUGAGAUAUGGCAAAGGCCGAGUACUCUGAGAACCCGGAGCCCAAUCAAAUAGGACCGGAUUCGGAGUCCGAUUCAGAUCCGGACGACCAUUUGCCCAGUGUGGACGCGGGCGUGGGAUUCGGAUCGCUCAGGCGGACUCAAGUGAUCCACAGCGGACAUUUCAUGGUCUCCUCGCCUCACAGUGAUUCCAUCAGGAGGAGAAGCGUAGCUCUUUAUCGCGAUAACCGUUAUAAUAUUGACAGUUUUAAUAAACCGGGUUGCCAGACUUACAGGUUCGGUCCUUUGAGCUCGAGAUGUCUCAGCAUUGACCCUACACUCACGCGCCUGUUUGAAUGCAUGACAUUGGCAUACAGUGGGAAAAUUGUGUCACCUAAGUGGAAGUCUUUCAAAGGAUUGCGGUUACUGUGGAGAGAUAAAAUUCGGCUGAAUAAUGGCAUCUGGAGAGCCUGGUUCAUUCAAUAUGUGGAGAAAAGGAAGAACCCUGUGUGUGGGUUUGUCACUCCCCUGGAAGGCUCGGAGGCCGAUGCCCACCGCAAACCUGAGGCGAUUGUUCUGGAGGGCAGCUACUGGAAGAGGCGGAUAGAGGUGGUCAUCAAAGAAUAUCACAAGUGGAGGAUUUACUAUAAAAAAAGACUUCAGAAGAACAAGGAUCUGCUGUCAAUGCUACAGAAGGGGCCUAUCUGUAGGGCGGGGUUGGAAAAGUGGACCAAUCAGAUUUAUCCAGAGCCUGAGGCAACAUCAGAAGAGGUGCACAUGUUUGACUUGGACUGCUUUCUGUCGGACAUCUCAGACACACUGUUCACGAUGACCCAGAAGCCCACCUCGUGGAGUGGAGACCGCCAAAACACCUACACUAGUAAUGCAGAUAUGAUCCAGCCCGGCCUGACACCCCUGCAGCCCAACCUGGAUGAUCUGAUGGACAUACCGGAUAUUUUCAUGAGUUACCGUGCACAGCCGACAGAGCUGCCGGGUUAUUCUGACUGCGGCUUCUUUGAGAGCUCAUCCAGUGGAACAUUUGCUUUAAAUCCUGAAGGGACCAGUCCGCUCACUUCCACAUCACCUGUGCUGACACGGCCCACUCUCUCGUCUGAAACUUUACCCGAACCCUCCUCAUCUGUACGUCUACCUGGACACAGCUACCCCCGCCAGACCGUAAACCCUAACAUGACCUUUAACCCCAGUGGUGACACUCCAGAACCCAAGUUCACAGGUCACUCAGAAUAUGUCAGUGAAUUUCAUCCCUCUCUGAACCUCCCCUCUGGCAUCACGCCGUACGGACCGCACAUGUCUUUCGGUGGUCACGGCAUGCCAACCACAGAGAUGCCAGGUGCUGUGACACAGGAAAGUCCUUACCAAUACCAACCAGCUUGUCUUAGACACAGACAUGUAUCCACCCAAUCACGGACAAGCGCGGCCGUCACGUCCACGGUCAUCACCCACACUGGCUCCGCUAUGACCGCCCUGCCGUCUGACGGGUACUCCGGCACGGAGGAAAUGUUUGCCCCAGUGGGGUACCAGCCCACGGCGGUGAGCCCGUCUCUGUCCUCGCACGGCCUCUCUCACUGCUUCUCUGUGCCGCAGCAGGUGGGCGUGGCCACAGGAAGAGGGAAGUACAAGCAGAAGUCGGGAGAAAUCCAGUCGGUUGCAAGGUCUACAGCUCCGCCCACUCAGACAAGCUGUCUGGCCAAUCUGCUGUCGUCUGGAUCUCAUGAACGAAAACCCUCACUGAGUUUCGAUGCUCAUUCAGGUCUGUCAGCAUCAUCCAUCUCUCCUCCGACCAGCAGCGGUCAAGUGGCAUCACACAUUUCCCACAAUUCCUCCUGGGCCUCUACAAGAACCCCAGCGAUGACAUCGUUACACUGUCAGACGACCAUGUCAGGCCACGCCCACAGCAGCACAAUUUCCUCCCUCCUCACUCAACAAACGCCACUUCUCACCCCCAAAACGGAGAAACUCUCCCCUGUACAGAUGCCACCAACAGAGAGAAGCAGUUUAACAGUUAUUUUUUCAGGAAAUAUAGGACGGACGUCUCCUACAAAUCCACCUGAGAAAACCCCAGAGUCGCACUUCUUACCCGGACACGCCCACGUGGAGUCCACCAGGACGGACACUCGGCGCAUCACGCAUAUUUCCGCCGAGCAGAAGAGACGGUUUAACAUUAAGCUCGGGUUCGACACGCUACACAGCCUGGUGACGACUCUCAGCUCACAGCCUAGUAUAAAGAUCAGUAAGGCCACCACGCUACAGAAGACAGCGGAGUACAUCAGUAAGAUGCAGCAGGAGAGAGCUCAGCUCCACGAGGAGGCGCAGAGACUCCGAGACGAGAUCCUGGCACUCAACUCCGCCAUCAACGUGUAUCAGCAGCAGCUCCCCGCCACCGGCGUCCCGAUAACACGUCAGCGGUUUGAUCUCAUGAGAGAGAAGUUCAGAGAGUAUGUGAGGAUCCGGACUCUGCAGGAUUGGAAGUUCUGGAUUUUCAGUAUCAUCAUUGAACCUCUCUUUGAGUCUUAUAAAGGUAUGGUGUCUACAGCAAGCGUUGAAGAUCUGUGUCGCACCACUCUGUCCUGGCUGGACCAGCACUGCUCUCUGCCUGCGCUCAGACCCGCUGUCUUAAGUUCACUCCGGCUGCUCUGCACAUCCACGUCAAUACUCGCAGACCCCAGUCUGCUUCCCGAACAGGCCGUCAAAGCCGUCACUCACGGACAUUCCUCCCACAGUUUCAGCUAGUGACAUCAUCCUUUCCUGGAACUGUAGCCAAUCAUAUCUGUCCAAAAUCUGCCGCUUGUGUCACCGUACAACCAACGAUAUUGUCAUAACCUUACUAUAGCUACUAUAGCUUAGAUAUGAUUCAAAGCUCUAUAUUCUUCUACAGUUUUAGUUCUUUAGUUUGGUUAUUAAAUGUUUAGUAGUUAGAUUUUUUUUUUUUUUUCAUUCAUUAUUUAUGUAAUAUUCAGUAGAGGGUGAUGAGACAGAUUUUAACUAAUUUUAACCACAGCUCAAUGUUUGAGAUUCUCUGCCAAAUGUACUGGUUUAGUUUGACUAAGCUUGCGUUUAGUAAAGACAGUAGUAGACAUGUAGGUUUACAUGUAUCUGUUACACACACACUGGUAUUUGCUUCACUGUUUAAGCCACAGCACGUGUUCACAACAGAAGAUCUUUCUUGUUUUUGAAAAACACUACCGUUCGGAAGUUUAGGGUCACUUAUUAAUUCCUUAUUCAUAUAUUUUUCAACAUUUUAGAAUAAUAGUAAGUUACUAUGGAAUCAACUUGUGAGAAUAAUAAUGCAAAGGUAACUUAUAUUAUUAAAUAAAUAAUACUAGCACGUAAUAUAUUAUUAUAUAAUAUUAGCAUAGGUCCCUUAUCUAUAAAAAUGUUCUUGUGUCAUUUUAUCAAGCAGCUUCUUGAGGUCUCGCACUGAAAUGCUUUUCACAUUUUUAGGCGUUUAUUGGCUGCUUUUUGCCUUUUUCCCCCAAGUCAUGAAUUUCAAAACCAUUUCUUAAUAACAGUUUAGUUUUCUGAUGAAGAAAUUCAUAUGUUGACUCAAUUGCCUCAGUGCCUUUUGUCUACAGUCAGAUGAAAAGAUUUUUUUAGAUCUUGAAAAACAUUUUAGUGACUCUAAUCUUUGACUGGUAGUGUAUUGAUUCAUAAUUCCUAUAAAACAAAAAUGGAUCCGUCAUCCGUGUGAAAGAUUUCAGUUAGAAUUUUAAGGAAAUUGCGGAUUCAAAACUAACCCAGGAAAUAAAGAUUUUUUUUCAUUACUUUGAUGGAUUGUUAUAAGAAAAAACAAACAAAAAAUGUAACGCUUUUAAUACCAAAUGGCUGGAAUGGCUUUGGAUAAAAGCGUCUGCUAAAUGACUAGAUGUAAAUGUAAUGUAAAUGUCUUAGUAACUCACCAGGUGGCGCUAGAAAACGUAUACUUGACUCAUUUUUGAAACACCUAAAACUGCUGAUGCUGUUUUUAUUUGAUGUUUUGUUCUACAUUUCAUUUAGCUUUUGUUUAAUGUCCCCUUUUAUGUCCCAUGUUCCCACUGUUUGAUCGUUGUUUGAUAAGCUGCUUUGGAUUUGAUUUGAGAUUUGACCUCUAACAGCUCAGUAUUGCUGCUCCUCCUGAGCACAAGGAGGCGCUGUUCAGGGACCUUCAGCUAAAGUGCGCGCGCAAAAGCUGACAGGGACCCCAUUCUGCACAGUUCUUUAAAAGGCAAAUUGUGUGUUAAUCUAUUUAGUACUGUUUUGAUCUACUUUAAAAAAGGAUUGAUGAACCUUCGAGGCACUGCGAAUGAAUCCGUUUCUCAAAUCUCCUGGGAAUGCACUUAUGCAACUUUGUUCUGGAGUGGUUUCAGUAUCUUUAUAGGUAUAUAUUU